AUGAGGUAUGCAAAUGGACCCCUGCAAAAUAUUCUGUGUCUCAGCGUUUUAUUUCGAAAGGUACUGAACCUUGCAAACCUCAAAAGAUUUAGCGUUGACAUCGAUUUACUGGAGUGCGAGGGGUGCAGUACCCGCGUCCACAAACUUAUUCCGUGCGCGCACCUGAUUGUUGCGAUUUACACUCGAAACAAGCAAGAUAACAACUUUAGCAUCCAUUCCGCACUAAAAGAUGCUUUCCAUCAAGCGUACAUUACCCCGAGCUACAAUGCCGCGUUUAGUGAUGUUGGCAUCAGUAUUCAUACAGACACCGAGCUCACCCGCGAAUCCCUCAUUCGUUCCCCUCCACGCUAUCGCCAAGCUGGAGGUUCCUUGGGCUCAGUGGCACAUCUUGGCCAGGAUCGCUUGAGAGCUGAAAAACAGAUCAAAAGUCGAGGGGAGCUACCUACAGGUCUAGGUAGCGUUUCCUCCCCCACCACGUACGACUCUGCGACGAGCGAUUUAAUUGCCGUCAUGAGCGAAGCCAUAUCUGGAGUGAUAAUGAAGAAACGCAGCAAGUACAAAUGCAGUACAUGCAAGAAAACAGGUCACAACAAACGUCGGUUUGUGAACGAAACAGAGAGACCGAACAUGCAGAGGAGUAAAACCUGGGAGCUACGUAGUGAACAAAAUCACUAA